UUGCCUAGACCCGCCAUCUUGGAGUCAGAGAACUGAGAGUCGGCAGCAGCUACGAGAGAGCGCAAAAGGGGGACACGGGGCCAAGGCCUUUUCACAUCUUCUGAACUGACCGUUGUGAUUGGAGAUAAUGAGGAUAUCCAUAUCCCACAUUAGAAAGUGAGUAUCCCUACCUAGUAGGGCCUACAGGUCUCAGUCCUCCAUGGCGUCUGGGGCUGGGCAGGCAGAGGCCGACGAUGGGGCAGCAUGGUCGUCAUCAGGCCUGGCCAAGCCUCUUCACCUUCAGCACCUGGAGAGAUCCCUACGCCUUGACAGCUUCCUUCGCCAGACCGCCUCAGUCUUCAACAGAGACCUAUCCAGUGAUGACAGCGACGAUGGCGGAUCAGGGGAGGGGCCUUCUCUGGGGCCGGUCAAUCAGCACGCAGCCUUGGCGAUAAAAGAGGAGUCAUGUGACCUGGAUGAGGAGGGGCUUGUUACCGAGGGCACCACCCUCAACGGAACUCCAUCACAAGAACACAAGGAAGACAAAGCCAGUCUAUACAACUUCUCCAAACUGAAGAAGAGCAGGAAAUGGCUCAAGAGUAUCUUGUUGAGUGACGACACCAGUGAGUCAGACACAGAGGACUCGGACUUCAGUCUGUCCAGAGAAGAGCUACAGGACAUGCUCAGACUGCACCAGUUCACAAGGGAGCACCAGAACAAGUUCCACAACGACAGAGAGCUGCAGCAGUACCAGUACUAUAGUACGGGACUGCUCUCCUCCCAGGACUCUUUCUAUGAACAACAGCGCCACCUGCUGGGCCCCAAGAAGAAGAAGAUCAAGGAGGAGAAGAAAUUCAAGGGCAAGUUAAAGAAGGGCAAGAGGAAAAAGAAGAGAGGGGAGGGAGAGUUCUCAGGCGAGGGGCGGCCGCAUGUCACCAAGAUCUUCGCCAAGUUUUCCCAUGACGCCCCUCUUCCCAUGUUGAAGAAGAAACACCUGACCGUAGAGCAGCUGAACGCACGACGACGCAAAGUCUGGCUCACCAUCGCCAAGAAGGAGUGCCCCAAGGCGUUCAAGCAAAAAGCAUCAGCCAAGAACUUUGUCCUUACAAAUGCCAAAAAGCUGGCCCACCAGUGUAUGCGUGAGGUGCGAAGGGCAGCCAUCCAAGCCCAGAAGAACUGUAAAGAAACCCUUCCCCGGGCCAGGAGGCUGACCAAGGAGAUGACGCUUUACUGGAAGAAAUAUGAGAAGGUGGAGAAGGAACACAGGAAGAGAGCCGAGAAGGAGGCUCUGGAGCAACGCAAACUGGACGAGGAGAUGAGAGAGGUCUGUAACCACCCUGACCUGUUUGAACGUCAGGAGACUCGUUCUCCCUUCCAUAUGUCGCUGAGACCCUACGUCAUGUCCAAGUUCCUCUACCGCCACGGACUCACACACACCACCACACACACACACAGCAGGAACAAGCUGCUCCAGGUUCUACUGUCUCCCUUCUCUCCUGAUCAUAUCCAGCAGUCCCUCUUCCACAGGAAAGGUGAUCAUGAAGGAAGUUGUUUCUCCUUCCUGCGUUUCAUCGACGUUUCGCCGGCAGAGAUGUUCAACGUCAUGCUGCAUGGCACUCUGGUCAGGUGGUUAGCUCUUUUUCUUUCCCUGAAGGCAGCGUACCGGCUCUACCAGAGACGCAUGUGGGGCCUGGAAGAGGAGGAGGGUGGAGAGGAGGGAGGAGGGAGGAUUGGAGGAGGAGAGGAGGAAGGGAGCGGGAGGCCCAGGAGUCAGUGUCUCUCUCGGAGGGGUCUGAUCCUCUGGCUGGACCGACCUACUGCUUUCCCCAACACACGCACAAGCACAGUGUUACAGAACCUGGUAUUCACCCGUCACAGCCCAGGUCUGAUGGGUCACUGUGAUGUUCUGGUCCACAGUCGAUGCUCUGCCAACUCCACCACCCUACGACCAGGCCAACCCACACAACCACCCAAGUUCCUGCUCACCGCUGUGCCAAGGGUAACGGCGGUUCCCAUGGAGCGGUACUGUGAUGACCGCAGUGCCGAGUACGAGUGGCAGGAGACGAGGGCCGGGGGGGGCGUGGCCGCCAAGCAGUGCUUCCUGUACGGCUCCCCUGAUCUGGCCUCUGAUUGGAUGUCCCGAGCCAACACUUUCUACCCACGAUGCCCUGGGGGAGUGAUGGCACUCUACCCCCGGCAUGGCUGGUCCUACAUCAGAAUACCAGACAAGGAGACCCUGAUCACUGACAGUGGGAAGCUGCACACUCUGGAUCUGCUGCUGUGUCGCCUCAAGACUCAGGGACACCGCGUCCUCAUCUACUCCCAGAUGACUCGCAUGAUAGACCUGCUGGAGGAGUACAUGGUGUAUCGUAAACACACCUACAUGCGUCUGGACGGCUCCUCCAAGAUCUCAGAACGCAGAGACAUGGUGGCAGACUUCCAGAGCCGGACUGACAUCUUUGUGUUCCUCCUGAGUACGAGGGCUGGAGGUCUGGGCAUCAACCUGACUGCUGCUGACACUGUGAUCUUCUAUGACAGUGACUGGAACCCUACAGUGGACCAGCAGGCUAUGGACAGAGCUCACCGCCUGGGUCAGACCAAGCAGGUCACUGUGUACCGUCUGAUCUGUCAGCUCACUAUAGAGGAGAGGAUACUGCAGAGGGCCAAGGAGAAGAGUGAGAUCCAGAGGAUGGUGAUCUCUGGGGGGAACUUUAAACCAGACACCCUGAAGCCUAAAGAGGUGGUCAGUCUGCUGCUGGACGAUGAGGAGCUGGAGAAGAGACUGCGUGUUCGUCAGGAAGAGAAGAGACAACAGGAGGAGUGCAGCAAGGUGAAGGACCGCAGGAGAAAGAGAGAGAAAUAUGCUGACAAGAGAAAGAAGGACGACGAGGACCCUAAGGAUCCUAAGAGGAGGAAAGACGUGAACCUGGUCAUCCCUUACAACCUGUCUGCGGACAACUCUAACCUCUCAGCCGACGGAGAUGAUUCAUUCAUCAGUGUAGACAUGGACGACUCUGCCAUGCCUAGUCCCUUCAGUGAGAUCUCUCUGAGUAGUGAGCUCCAGCCCAGCUCCUUACCUCCAGACCAGGACCCAGACCAGGAUCCAGAUCCAGACCAGGAUGAGAGCAGUAGUGACAUGCUAGUCAUCGUAGACGACCCUGUGUCUUCAGCACCACAGUCCAGGGCCACCAACUCACCUGUCAGCGUGUCUGGAUCCAUGUCGGACAACAUGAACGGUGUGUCUAAUCAGGACACGUCCAGUCCGGGGCGGGGAAGGUCUGGUAGGAGCCGGGGACGACCCAAAGGCUCUGGGUCCAGUUCUGGAGGCGGAGCCAAGUCUGCAGGGAAGGGGCGUGUCAGGAAGUCGACAGCGGGCAGCGCUGCCGCCAUGGCAGGAGCGAUGGCCGGGGCUGCAGCAGCCUCAGCAGCCUACGGAUACAGUGUGACUAAAGGUCUCCCUGCAGCCUCCCCCCUUCAGCCGUCUCUGGGUCGGUCAGGGACGGCCCCAGCCUUCUCCCCCAGCAGCAGUUCCUCUCCCAAGGGGAAAGGUGGCACUGUGGCCCCCAGCCAGAGUGACCCCCAGCAGAAACAACCAGAACAUAGCCACCACCACAGUCAUGGACAUGUGACAGGAAGGAAGGGCAAGGGACCUGGCGGACCUGGGGCUCGAUAGCAUGUAGAGAUGAUGGACAUCAACACAGUACACACACACACACACACACACACACACACACACACAGUCCUAAGGAUCUGAUAGAGGCCAGAAAGAUCCAGCCCUUCUGCUAUUGUGGGAGUCUUCUGUGUUUUAAACAAACACAUCUGCUGCACUGACCAGCUUCAACUGUGAGCCCAUGUGACCUGCUCCACAACCAAUCAACCCAGAGGUGAGAUGUUCCUUAACCAAUCACAUACCUCACUACCUGGCGGACCAUGCUAUCCCAGAAGGCAUAGCGACGUAACAAAUGGGCACUGUCGGGCAUGAUGGACACUAAACUAUUUUGUGUGUACACACACACACACAGACCAUCAUCGCAAGGUCCAAAACACACCCUCUUCCUUCCAUUAGUACCGUCCUCAGUGGACAGUUUCUGCCUCCAGCGCGUGUGUGUGUGUGUGUGUGUGUGUGUGUGUGUGUGUGUGUGUGUGUGUGUGUGUGUGUGUGUGUGUGUGUGUGUGUGUGUGUGUGUGUGUGUGUGUGUGUGUUGUGACCAAGAGUAUUAGAGUAUUUCAAAGUGGUUUCUCUGUGACGAAAAUAGACUUGGUUUUCUGUCUAGUGAAAAGCAACUAGCCUGAGUAGCACCUGUCUGUGCUGUAUUGAGAACUCCCUUUGACACUCUGUGAGUUUGCAAUAAAGCACCAGCAGACAGACAGGCACUCGGGCUUUAAGGCAACACCUUACAGCAACACCGCAUCCACGCGUUAAGGGCUUCUAACAUGGAGUGCUCUCUCCAAAUGGUGUUCUCCACUGAGCCGUCUCAUCCGUUAGGUAAAACAACUUGUUUAGGAUUAGAUCGGAAUGCUUGCAUCAAACGUUAGGUUUAUGUCAUAUGUUUUAAAACACGUAAUGUUGAACUACUCUUCUCUGCAUUUCAACAACAGAAUGUAAAUUCGUACCAAACAACUAAAACGGACUGCUUUUUUAAUUAUAGCUCUUAUUUUUAUAUUUAUAGACCAACCGAUGUUGUCAUAGUGACCCAUAUCAAAAAUGGCAAAUUUCAAUACCGUUUUGAAAAAGCCUCUCUUUCUCCAUAGAGUUUAUCCCAACACAAUGAGAAAUGAAGGAAUUCUAAUAUAUAUAUUUUGUCGGAUGAGAACAGAUUGAAGGGGUAUUUUGUGGUAAAUUGAAUUCCAAAGUGGUGAGCACUGCUUAAUAAAGAUGUGUUGCUGAUCUGUUUGUGUAAAACUCUAGUGUGCUUCUGAAAUGACACCCUGUUCACGAUAUCGUGCCCUACUUUUUGAUUAAACUCUGGCCAAAAGUAGUGCACUAUUUCAGGAAUAGGGAGCCAUUUCAGUUGCAACCUAAUAGGUGUCCUUUAAAACUUAACUUGGAUUGUAAUAUGUACCAUAGAAUUGAAGUUAAUUUAAAAGUGGGUAAUAAUUUAUCAGAAUUCAUGUGAACAUUGUAAAAAAUUGUAUUGAUGCCAUUUUUAUUUUUUAAAACAGAAAGAGAAAAAAAAAAGUUAUACUUCUGAUCAGAGUCUUUUGUCUUUGUGAUGUCAUUCAGUGAUGUUUUGGGGUAUGAUGACUCGUGUUAAUUAAAAGUUGUUGGACUAGGGUUGCCAAAUCCUGGUAACUUUCCCACAUUUCCCCGAUUUUUUUUAUUAUUUUUUAUUUUUAAUUUUGUUUGAUUUUUCCCCCAGAAGUGUCGGUUGGAGGAUUCUCUGAAUUUCUGCUUAGUCAUUCCCUCGUAAUUCCACAUCUUCCAACCAGGAUUUCUAGAAAACCGGGGAAUUUUGGGAAAGUUAGCGUAAUUGUGCAACCCUAUGUGGAACCAAGCACUAUGUCUAGUUUUGAGAGUUUGUUCUGUGUUGGAUACUAUAGUGUGAUGAUGAAAUCUCUUCUCCUAUAACAUGUAAAUAAAAAUUGAGGGCGACAUGUUGACCCCUGGUUGGUUCUUCCCCCAGUUUGCCUGUCUAUUUUUAUAGGUCAUGUGUAAAUAUGAAUACAAAGCUGUCAUUUUACUAACCGGAGAAGCCAAUUCAAAAUAAAAGAUUGAUUAAUCAA